AUGAGCGUGAAGCGGCCACCACCCGGUUCUAGAGCGGGCUCACCUUUUAGUGGUAAAUCUACGAGCGGCUCAAACACCGAUCUACCUACUAACGAUUAUCAUAAAAUGACACAUAGAAGACGUAAACAAAUAGAUGCAGAUUUCGUAUCGUCUUCUCAGCUGACAGAAUUCAAAACUAAAAUGAUGGAAUUCUUCAAUAAUUUUGGGAACUCACAGAGGAAAGAAUUUAAAAGUUUGAAUGAAGUGUCUCAAAUUAAAGGAGUAAAAGACGACGUCACGAUUAUAAGGGAACAGCUGGAAUCUAUAAAAAUCAGUACUGUGAAAAUCACUCGCGAGCAUAGUGAAAUGAUGAAUGAUAUUUCCGAAUUGAAAAACUCAUUAAAUUAUCAUUCAGCUGAACAAACCACUCUGACAACACGUAUUGAUGAUGUGGUAUCGGAGAUCAAAAAGGUUGAUCUGUUGCAGCAAAAUAUAUCGGAAUUACAAGAAAAAUAUGAAUCUCUGCGAAAUGAAUAUAAUUUCAUGCAGCAACGUGAUCGCGCCAUGAAUAUUGAGAUCUCUCAGAUCCCCGAAAAAAGAAUGAAAUUGUCUCUGAUUACGUUAUUGCAAUAG